CAGAACCUUUCUUCCACGAGGAAGAGAGAAGAGAGAGGGAGGGAAAAAAAAAAAAUUGCUAAAAGGAAAAUACAAAAACCUCAGUCUCCGUCUAAACCCAAAGGUUUGUGUACCUCCGUCGCAGCGCCACCUUGCCCCUGCGGCGGUGCCACCACCGUUUAUCAUCCCCGCCCCUCCCUCUCUCUAUACAGUGGCUAUUUCUCAGCCCAUAGGUCUUUUCACUCAACAAUCAACGUCUUACCCUCUCUCUCUCUCUCUCUCUCUCUCUACACGGGGAAAGACGGCUCAUCCUUGAACCAGGAGUUUCUUCCUCGCUCUCUCUCUCUCUCCUCUCAACAGGCUACAACUACGUUAUCUUGUAACCACUUCUCCAUCGUUUUGCUUGGGUCUCUCUUUCUCUCUCUAGCCAUGGAGAUGCUUGAUAUUCAAAGUAUUAGCUCCAUUGAGUGGAAGCCCUCUCCUGUAGUGGCACUUGCAACUUGCACAGAUAAGUCACAGGUUGCAGUGGCUCGUGGUGAUCGCUCUCUCGAGAUUUGGCUUGUUGCUUCGGGGGCAGUGGGCUGGCAUUGUCAACUGACAAUACAAGGGAAGCCUGGUUCAACAAUUUCUUCGCUUGUGUGGUGUUGUUCGGGUUCAAAAUCGACGAUGCCUGGUCGCUUGUUCUCGUCAAGCAUUGAUGGAUCCAUUUCAGAGUGGGAUCUUUUCUCUCUAAAAGAAAAGAUAGUUCUGGAAUCAAGUGGGGGCUCAAUUUGGCAGAUGGCAGCAGAACCCUGGGAGGACUCACUGCUUUCUUCAAAGCAUUCCUCGCAAGUUGCAAUAAAUGGGAAUUACAGUCAUAGGGAUAGUGUGGGUGAUGACGAUGAAACUAAGGAUAGUGAUGAUGACGACAAUGAUGGUGGAUCUGUUAAGCUUCAUGAUGAGCAAACCCAUUCGAAACACCAACGAUUUGCUCUUGCCUGUGAUGAUGGUUGUGUACGUAUAUGUUCUCCCUCUGAGUCAGACGAGAGGUUAAUGGUAGUCCGGUUAUUGCCCAGGGUCAAGGGGAGGAUUUUAAGUGUUGCGUGGAGUCUUGAUGCGAAGUUUAUAUUUGCUGGUGGUACAGAUGGUUCAAUAAGAUGCUGGGAUGUCAUAUCUGCUCGUGAAGUUUACAGGAUCACAGCAGGGAUUGGAAGGUCUGCAAGUGGGACAGAGCUUUGUAUAUGUGCGCUGCUUGUCUUGAGGGGGGCCACACUUGUAAGUGGAGAUAGCACUGGUAGUGUUCAAUUUUGGGACAGUCGUAAUGGAACUCUGGUGCAAACACACUCAUGCCAUAAGGGUGAUGUUAAUGCUUUGAUAGCCUCUCCUAGUCAUCAAACAGUAUUUUCUGCAGGAUCGGAUGGUCAGAUCAUCCUGUUUAAGCUUUCGAAUGGCUCAUUGGGGUCUGGUAACAAUGAAGCUGUUCCUGAUAGAAUUGAGAAAUGGGAUUAUGUGGAUUACAAAAGGGUUCAUACCCAUGAUGUUCGUGCUCUGACAGUUGCUGUCCCCAUCAUUGUUGAAGAUAAAAUGCCUGAAGAAAAGAAAAGGGCCCGUGGUCCUGAAAAACCACUAGAUUUCAGUUAUUGUAAAUGGGCUCAUCACGGAGUACCAAUGCUGAUUUCUGGUGGCGAUGACACGAAGCUCUAUGCAUACCCUGUCAGCAGGUUCUUCAAGUAUAAUCCACAUGAUAUAUGCCCAGCUCCUCAGAGACUCUCCAUUCAUUUGGUGCUAAGUUCCUGUGUGGAUGGGGCUGCUGUUAUUUUAGUUCAGUACCCUGACCAUUUGGAUGUGUUACUGGUUCAAUUUGAACUUGCUUUAAAACGGGGCAAGAGAAAAUCUAUGGAUUCUGAAAGGCCUCCAUUGACCCAGUUGCUGGCCAGAGUUAAGUGUAAAGCAUCUCAAAAGAUUAUCUCCAGUGCGAUCUCGGGAUCUGGGGCUUUGAUUGCUUACUCUGAUCAUGUGAAGCCUAGCCUGUUUGAAUUGAAAAAGCCUUAUAGCUCAGGAAGUGGGAGGAAUGCAUGGGUCAUUGAUAGGAGGCAACUUCCUCGAAUACUUCCUUCAGCUCAUUAUAUGGUUUUUAAUGCUGAUUCAUCUAUCUUGAUAGUUGCUGGGCAUGACAGAAAGAUAUAUGUUGUGGAUGUAGAAAGUGGCGACUUGUUGCACACAUUCAUACCCUUUCGGAAGGAGGUUGUUCAUGAUGCUUCAUCACUAACUGAACCUCCUGUGACGAGGCUAUGCACCAGCUCUGAUGGACAAUGGUUGGCAGCUAUGAAUUGUUUUGGGGAUAUUUACAUAUUCAAUCUAGAGAUACACAGGCAACAUUGGUUUGUCUCAAGAUUGAAUGGUGCGUCAGUAACAUCCGCUGGUUUCCCUCCAAACAAUAGCAAUGUGCUUAUAGUCACAACUUCUUCGAAUCAUGUCUAUGUAUUGGACGUAGAUGCUCGACAAUUGGGUGAAUGGUCGAAGCGACACACUUUCUCUCUGCCUAGAAGAUUUCAAGAAUUUCCAGGAGAGGUUAUUGGGCUCUCCUUUCCAUCCUCUUCCAAGUCCACAUCUGUUAUGGUCUACAGUGCCAGAGCAAUGUGCUUGAUAGACUUUGGAGCACCAGUGAAUGGAGAAGAAGAAGGCUUGCCAAAUGGGUCAACAAAGAAGUUCGAGAGCUUCUAUGGCAAUGGGACAGCGAAGCUCACCAAAUUGAAGAGGGCUUCUUUUAGUGCAUGCCAUAGGAAUAGAGGUAAAGAAAAUUUUGCGUUCAAGUCAUUUGUUGAUCCUGUUCACUUUGUCGGGUAUGUGUCAGAAGGUAAUGUUUUGGUCAUAGAUAAGCCUUGGUUAGAAGUGGUUCAGACCUUUGAGGCCCCUGUGCACAGACACAUUUAUGGAACCUAGCUGCCUGCCCCCUAUGGAAUUUCAUGGAGCUUUGAUUUUGUUAAGCCAACAAGGGAGUCAACCCUUCUUGGACAGGUCCCCCUUUUUGGAUGUCAUAGGGGGUUUUGAGCAGCCUUAAUAUGUAUCGGCUUGAGUUGACGUGUCUUGUAAGUGCUAUUUUUCUCCUGGUUUAGUAUUAUUCUUCUUUCUCUUGGUUCUUUUUAUUGACAUAGUUGGAGCGUUUAGGUCUCUCUGCCCUGAAAACUUAGCUUCAGUAUACCUGGAUUUGAAGGCUCACAUGUAUAUUAAUUGGGUUGGGAUUGGGUUGGAUUAAGGUGCAUGCAUUAAUAUCUUGUAUGAAAACUCGCACUUUUGAUAAGUUAAUGACAAACACCGGUAUCAUUUUGAUAA